CAUUUCGCCACGACUUUUAUUUCGCAAGAUGAUCAUCUCGCAGCUGGAGCUCGAGCCGCCUAAGGGCUACCUGACAGAAGUAAAAAUGACAAGCAUUCACUUAAUCUAUUCAAAGCACGUAACUCAGGGCAUUCUAAAGGUUGUUCACAAAGCUGCAACUGAGAGAAGGGCAACUAGAAUUAAGAACCGCUGAGAGAAGAGCCACUAGUGUUAAGGACCGCACUGAUUUGGAGUAUUAGUCAUGGGAAACAGCGUGGAUUGUUGUUACAACUCGCGCUGGUCCUACCAGUGCAUUUUUCCUUGCAUUCGUUAUUGUACAUACUCAGGACGCCGGGUCUUUUACAACUUUGACGGCACGGAAAAGGUUCAACCACUCGUCUAUAUUUACCAUCCCCAGGACGAGCUUGUUCACUGUUUUCCAGAAGCUCUUUAUGGCAUUGAUGACGACGAUGAUAUAAAAAAUCAAAUGCAAAGCCAUGAUGGGCUUAAUGGCGCUGGUCAGAUCGCAGCGUUGUGUAAGUAUGCAGCGGACAAUGGCUACACCAUUCGCGCUGUGGGCACAGGUUCCUCUUGGUCUCGUCUCACCCACACUAGAGACAUACUCGUGGUCAUGACAGAUUUGAACAAGAUUCUCGUAGUCGCACCACCGACACCGGAGGAUUCACAGUCGGAGGAUUCAGAAAUGGAAUCAACGGAAACGACAUAUGAAGUCGAAGUACAAGCCGGGAAACUCGUUGUAGAUUUUGUCGAGGAACUAGACAAGAAACAUAACCUGGCGCUCAAGAUGAUAGGAAACUACGCAGGCCAAACGGUUGGAGGAGUGGCGAGCACUUCCACUCAUGGAUCAGGAUGGUUCAGUGGAACAAUGUCCACUUUUGUAGUGGGUCUUCACUUAAUCGUACGUGGUGGAAUCCAAGUGAAGGUACGUGGCGGCCCCGAAAGCAUUGCGGACUGCGAAGCAAAGAUCGAUAAAGCCAAAUACGGAGAAGACCCGGUCGAGAUUAACAGUGAUGAGGUGUUAAAGGCAUGUCAAGUAGGCUUAGGAUGUAUGGGGGUAAUCUAUUCCAUUACCUACAGCUGUGUUCCUAUGUACAAUCUGGAGGAAAUCAGAAAAAUGGAACAGGUCUCUUGGCCAGAAGCGACGAUGACCGAAGACGAGGAAGGCAACAACGACUGUGACGAUGCGUUAGUGGGUAAGAAGUUGCAAUUGGGAGAGGUUCUUGAAAAGUUUGCUGAAAUGUACAAGACAAAAGAUGCAGAAUAUUUCUCGUUUUUCGUCAAUCCAUACCCACUAGGACCAAGGGAUGACAAGCAUAUCGAAAUGGCUUACUCGAAAGCUUUCAAAACAGAUCUUGGACCAACCUGCUGUGCUUGUUGCUCAUGCUGUUGUAAUUGUUGCGGGGGAAGAGGAAUGGCGGACCUAGGCUGCAUGCAGACAGACUGCAUAUCCUCUUGCCUACAAGGAUGUGCCAAUUGUUGUCCCACUUGUAUUCCACAGCUCACCAACUUCGGUGUGUCACAGUUCUCGUUCGAAAAACCGUAUCGGCAGACAUGGUACAACGUGCUGCAGUACACAAAAGGCAAUAUCCACUAUCGCUCAGCAGAAUGGUGCUUACCGUUGGAACACCUCCAAAGUGCCCUAACCAUGGUGAUAAAACUGGCUCAAGAGUACGCAAAAAAGCAUAAACAGUAUUCCCUGCUACCAUUUUAUGUGAGACUUGCACAUUCCGAUGAUUUGUACCUGAGCCCUGCAAGCAAGUUUAGACCUGACGGAACCAUCAAUGAUUACAACUGUUACAUUGAGGUACCAUUUCUCCCUGGAGCAUACGGCAUUGACGAGUUCCAGGAGAUGUUAGAGAACAAGCUCUACGAGGAGUUCAAAGCGAGGCCACACUGGGGAAAGAAUAAUCGCCUCAACCAGUCUAAGAUCGAGGAGAUCUACCACAAGGAUAGCCUGAAAAAAUGGGGAGAAGUGUAUAAGAUAUUUAACAAAGGAGGCCCGUUUGAAAAUCGCUUCACAAAUAAUAUGGGUUUUGCCGAGUUGUUUGAUCAUCCUAUCGACGAGCAGCCUUCUGCCUAAGAAGUAACGUCUUUUUACCUUUCAUUGUCGCUCUUAAGUAUCACUUAGAUUCUUCGCGCGUAGGAAGAAGCGCAGUAGUUUAGGGGUAGAAUUCUCACAUGCCUGAACUGGUUGACACUCCUCAGUAAGCAACGCCUAUAAACAACAUACUAAGAUGUGUUAAGAUUAUCUAGAAUAACCGAAGACUACGAACACUAAGAUGGAAUCAUUCCAUUUAAGAAUCAUCCUCUAGAGUGUCUCACAUUAUAAAUGUAAACCAUCAGAGCAAUGUAUAAACAUUUAUGACUUGACUGAGCUAGCAGGAAAUUUAGAUUGAUAACGGAAUUCAACUUUAUAACUUGACAAAUCUGACUAAAUAGAAUAGUGAGUAACUCAGGCCGUCAGGAGUGCCGGUAUCUGGCACAGUGUAAGAGAGUGCGAACAAGGUCUUAAAAACAACAGCCUCAUCGUUUGCGGCAUCUUUUAUGUAACUCUGUGGUAGAUAAAGGAAGUGUUCCAUUUCUUUUUUUUUGGCUUAUUUAUUCAUAGGCAGCAGUAAGUUCAUCGCCGUACUUCAAAGAAGCCGAAAAAAAUACAUAAAUUAUUUUAAUGUAUUUUUCAUGCUGUUUUUACUCGAGGGCAUGCGCAAAGUAGUGUUUUGCAGAAGUAAAAUGGCGUCCGUGGCGAUCAGAGACUAGAGCUAUUCCUACAUUUCACCGCUGACAGGAAUGGCUCCGACUAGUGCUUUUUUUUAUCUUUGUUUUGUUUUGGCUAAAUAAUUGACACACUUAGAUACCCUAAUAAAACCGAAAGAGCGUUUCA